CUUAAGUAAUAUGCACUUCUAACUAUAGGAUCUUGUGAACGAGGAUCAAAGUAGAAAAGCCUUCACCAAUGUGACACAAGAAAAAUACGAAAUUCUAUAUUGAGCCAUCAUGUCAUCGAGCAGUAGUUCGACUCGAAAUCUCCAAGUGCACCUGUUGGAAGCUCGUGGGCUCCACACGCUUCAGCCGCACAAGCUGCGUCUCCGUCUCCAAUUGGUUUGGCCAGAGGACCGCCUCGGGGAAACGUUUGGGGUGAAAGUAACGCCCUGGACGGACACGGUUGUACAAUCUGCUUCGAGAUCAACGUCAACCACAACAACUAUAACCUGGCGCCCAGUUGGCUGCCAGUUCCCAGUCGACAGUCAGUUGCUGCUCAGUUCUGGUCGAAACAUGGUGAUUCGUGUCACGUUGCAGGUCUUGUUAGCGCCGGCAGGCACGAGAGCCAAGUCCUCGGGGUCAUUCUUCACGCGGGCCUUGCCAUCUUCAAGCCAGGAGGACCAAAUUGCGGAUCUGGCGACUAUAUCCUGUGCAAAAGUAUCGUACUCGUACUAAUUGCAGAUAUGCAUGACAAAUCCAACUUUCUACCUGAAAUAGCAUGACAAAUUACAUUUUUGUUCUUGGGAAAAUUUGUAAUGCAAUUUAUACUAGUACGAUAGGAUAGUUUUGCAAUGCAUAGACUAUGGAAGUAAGCGACUUUUACGGACCGGUGUUCGAGCAAUAUCAGGGCGCCAUGAGUCGCGACCUCGUAUGCAUUGCACCGAAUAUGAUGUCUCUUGGGUCGGGAAAUUAUAAAGUGCAAACUUACUUGGUGGAACAUGUGCGAAAGCUGUAUCAAAUUCUUCACAGCACGAAAAUCGAAAUUUGUUUCGCAUGUUGCUGAGUGAUGAACCGGUUCAUUUUUCUCUUCGCAAGCAGCGAACUUCUCAUGCGGAGCUGGCAUUCACGAGUUCGGCGCUAAACCUGUAGGGCUUUCGCGUGUAUUCUAGCAAACCACCUGCGUGAUCAAGAUAGAUGACAAUAACACGCGCAUCAACUAUUAUGUCCCAGAUGCAAACAUAUUCGGAUUCUAUAGCUCUUUUUUGACGACGACGUGUGCUUCAAACUGGUCCUGAAAGAUGGCUAUGCAAUGGCAAAAGUAUCAGCAGCGACCUGCUAACUAGAAGAUGAAAUUGCAUGCGACAUUUUUUCUAACAAAGAAGGAACUACAAGCAUGGAGUUCGUAUGCAAAAAUCAAUGCUGAAUCAGUAUGAUCAGGACGAGGGACCACGAGGAAAGUGAAUCCCCGUGCUGUGCUGCAAUUAGAAUUAGUACGAGCAGCGCGUGAUACAACAACUUUUGCAGAGGAUAAUGGUAGUGCAGGGUCCUCAAAACGGCCGUUGUCAAAGUCUGGGGAAGUAGGCGACAACAGAAUUGCACCUAGAUCCGCCGGGCCGGCUCCCGCUCCCGCGUCCGCCUCUACAGCAACAUCGGUAGCUGGGCCACCCCC